AUGUCUUCCAUCCAGAAUAACGCUGCUCAGAAUGCCGCCUCUACCUCAAAGGCCGCAGAGCAAGUGAUUAUUCGGAAGAUGAUGGGAGCCGAAGUAACCUUUGGUCCCGGUCUUGAAGUGAAGGACGUGGCCAUCCCCUCCGCCAAUCCUCAAAACCGUCCCCUGGGCUUCAAGAAGAACCAGUACACUUCGGUUACCUACGCAAAUGUAGUCAGGCUUCAUUGGCGCAAUCUCUCAAAGUCGGCGAUCCUCACAUACCGCGACAGCAAAGACUGCCACGCAGCUGUACGCCACUUCGCCAAUGGCACUGCUGAAGUCUGCGGCAAGGUCGUUAGGGCCGACUUUCUCGCCAGCAAGAAUGGCCCUCAACUGCUUCUGUGCAGGGUGCCUCUCGAGGCCGUGGCUUCGGACAUCGUUCGCGAUCUGCCCUUGUCCAUUCGGCCUAUCGGUACCUUUCUGAGGAGUCCUAGGGACAAGCUUGAGCCCGUGUCUCAGCUUGCCGCCAUUAGUCGUCUACUCUCCGACUUUGGUCCUCUCUUGAAUGAAGUCAAGAUUGAGAAGAAAACCGACAUAUCGGAAGCGAGGGCUACUUUCAUCAACGAAGCCGACGCAAGGCAAACGGUUGAGAACCUCCACAAUACCGUCCAGAGGUCUGCUGGCGUGGCCCAGCUCUUCGCAGAGAUCGUCUUCACUGUGGAGUUCAGCUUCUCGGCCCAAUGGCUUCGGAGCAUGAAACAGGCUGGUCGUUUCGAUGGCACCAAUGGACUCCAAGAUGGCAUCAACGGAAUCUGUUACAAAGCCUUUGGAGAGACUGGACGUCUUGUCAUACAAUCAACCGACGGCGAGGAUCUUCUCAGUUCCAGGAAGCUCAUUGAAUCCUAUCUCCAGCCCUUUGUGGACGCAUGCGAGUACGACGAGGAGCCACUCGGAUUCCAGUACGCAUGGAGAAGAGGCUCCGUAGGGGCCACCUGUGCCAUCUGCUACGACGUCCCCAAAUUCCCAAUCAAGACGAGUUGCGGCCAUGUCUACUGCGACGAGUGCUACGCUCAUACCGUGGAGUCCAACGCCAAAUUAACCUCGGAAAAUGGUAUCAAGUGCUUCGGCGACGAGGGCAAAUGCAACCAGCUCCUCUCCCUCAAAGAACUCGACCUGAACCUCGGGUACAGAGUCAUGGACGAACUCAUCGAGGCUUCUCUGAGCUCCUACUUGAGAGCAAACACCUCCAAGUACCACAACUGUCCUACCCCGGGGUGCGAGCAGGUUUACAAGCCCACGCCAAUGAUAGAAGACAACAAAGGCGUCAUUGCAAGAUGCAUGGGAUGCCUCGAGCUCCUCUGCACGUCCUGUCAUGUCCAGCAUGAGCACAAGGUCCCCUGCGACAAGGCGGAAGACGUGGCCAAUUCAGCGCUCCUCGCCACCCUCAACAUCAAGAAGUGUCCGAGCUGCAAGACACCGAUUGACAGGUUCGAUGGGUGCAACCACGUCGCCUGCACCUGCGGCCGUCACGUCUGCUGGGUCUGCAUGGAGCACUAUGAAGAUGCCAUGGCCUGCUAUAACCACAUGCUGGAGGCCCACGGUGGAGCCUUUGCUGGUAUCGAAGGCGUCGAUGAGUUCGGAGGCAGGUUGGACGAAAUCUGA